AAUCGAGAUGGAAGAAGAUCAAAAUCGAACAAAGGAUCGAAAUUGAUUAUUACUUCACACUAGCUUGUAGACUUGUCCUCUAAACACACUCCGCCCAAAAGAGGAAGGUAAAGUAGGGCGGGUACACCGGUGGUUGAAGAAGAAGAAAAGUUAGACGAUUAGAACUUUAAUUCAGAACUUCUUAUUAGUGAAGUUUAAGUUACAGAAAUACACAACUAACUUCACCUUCUCCGCUACUCCUAAACCUUCCUAAUUCUAGAUCUUUGCUCAUCUCUCCGCCAUUUUUGCCGCAUUACAAUUUCCAAUCUUCAAGAUUAAAUUGGUAAUCUUGCGGCAUUGAGGAGGAGCUAUGGCUGUUCCUGUUGAAGAAGCCAUUGCUGCUCUUUCCACAUUCUCACUUGAGGAUGACCAACCGGAGGUGCAAGGGCCAGCAGUUUGGGUGUCAUCUGAUAGAGGUGCAACUACUAGUCCAAUUGAAUACAGUGAUGUUGCUGCUUAUCGCUUGUCUUUAUCAGAAGACACCAAAGCUCUUAAUCAGCUGAACACUCUUAUCCAUGAGGGGAAAGAAAUGUCAUCGGUGCUUUAUACAUAUCGGAGUUGUAUAAAGGCACUCCCUCAGCUUCCUGAUUCCAUGAAACAUAGCCAAGCUGAACUAUAUUUAGAGACAUAUCAAGUACUGGAUUUGGAAAUGAGUCGUCUACGCGAAAUUCAACGUUGGCAGGCAUCGGCAGCAUCUAAAUUAGCAGCUGACAUGCAACGCUUUUCAAGGCCUGAGCGACGAAUCAAUGGCCCUACUGUAACUCAUCUUUGGUCUAUGUUGAAGCUGCUGGAUGUUUUGGUGCAACUUGACCAUCUUAAAAAUGCAAAAGCUAGCAUUCCAAAUGAUUUUUCUUGGUACAAAAGGACAUUUACCCAAGUUAGUGUUCAGUGGCAAGACACUGAUUCAAUGAGGGAGGAAUUGGACGAUUUACAGAUUUUCUUAAGCACAAGGUGGGCUAUUCUCUUGAACUUGCAUGUGGAAAUGUUCAGGGUGAACAAUGUAGAAGAUAUUCUUCAAGCUCUGAUAGUAUUCACUGUUGAGUCACUGGAAUUGGACUUUGCACUUCUCUUUCCGGAUCGGCAUGUUCUCUUGCGUGUCCUUCCUGUACUUGUUGUUUUAGCAACUACAUCAGAGAAAGAUACUGAAGCACUUUAUAAGAGGGUCAAGAUCAAUCGACUUAUUGGCAUUUUCAAGAGUGAUCCAGUUAUCCCUGCAUUUCCAGAUCUUCAUCUUUCUCCUGCUGCUAUUAUGAAAGAGUUGUCAUCAUAUUUCCCGAAGUUUGUCAGUCAAGCUCGUCUUCUUGCUCUUCCAGCACCGCAUGAGCUUCAGCCUCGUGAGGCUCAAGAUUAUCAGAGACAAUAUCUUAUAGUCAACCAUAUUAGUGCUAUUCGGGCUGAACACGAUGAUUUUACAGUUCGUUUUGCUUCAUCCAUUAAUCAGUUAGAUUUAUUAAAAUCCACUGAGGGUGCUGAAGUUGAGUGGUCCAAAGAUGUCAAAGGCAACAUGUAUGAUAUGGUUGUUGAAGGAUUUCAACUUCUUAGCAAAUGGACUGGGCGCAUCUGGGAACAGUGUGCAUGGAAAUUUUCUCGCCCUUGCAAGGAUCAAUCUUCUGAAGAGUUAAAUAAAGCUUCGACAUUAUAUUCUGACUAUGAGAAGGUGGUGCGGUAUAAUUACAGUGCAGAGGAAAGGAGAGCACUGGUUGAGCUUGUUGGCUAUGUUAAAAGCAUAGGAUCGAUGAUGCAGCGUUGUGAUACAUUAGUUGCUGAUGCCUUAUGGGAAACAAUUCAUGCUGAAGUUCAGGACUUUGUUCAGAAUACCUUGGCAACUAUGCUGCGUACUACCUUUAGGAGGAAAAAGGAUCUUUCUAGGAUUUUGUCUGAUAUGCGGACCCUUUCAGCUGAUUGGAUGGCAAAUACAAGCAAACAAGAGAAUGAUUUGCCAUCCCUACAGCAAGAAGGUGAAGAAAGCAAAGGGAGCUACUUGUAUCCCAGGCCAGCUGCACCAACAGCAGCCCAGGUCCACUGCUUGCAGUUCUUGAUCUACGAGGUCGUUUCUGGUGGGAAUUUGAGAAAGCCAGGUGGGCUCUUCAGCAAUACCGGUUCAGAUAUACCAGCUGAGGAUUUGAAACAGUUGGAAACCUUCUUUUACAAGCUUGGCUUCUUCUUGCAUGUGCUAGAUUACUCAGUGACAAUAGCAACACUUACUGAUCUUGGCUUCCUUUGGUUCAGAGAAUUCUAUUUAGAAACAUCCCGUGUCAUCCAGUUUCCAAUUGAAUGCUCUCUUCCCUGGAUGCUGGUGGAUUAUGUGCUUGAGUCUCAAAAUGCAGGAUUGUUUGAGAGUGUUGUUAUGCCAUUUGAUAUCUACAACGAUGCUUCUCAACAAGCAUUAACUGUACUCAAGCAGCGCUUCCUCUAUGAUGAAAUUGAAGCUGAGGUGGACCAUUGUUUUGAUAUUUUUGUUUCCAAAUUGUGUGAAAUAAUUUUCACAUAUUACAAAAGUUGGGCAGCGAGAGAAUUGCUCGACUCGUCAUUCCUCUUUGCAGUGGACAAUGGAGGAAAAUACUCAGUGCAACCGAUGAGAUUCAAUGCACUAUUUAAAAUGACUAGAGUUAAGUUACUUGGAAGGAGCAUUGAUUUGAGAUGCCUGAUCUCACAACGUAUGAACAAGGCAUUCAGAGAGAACCUGGAAUUUUUAUUUGAUCGUUUUGAGUCGCAGGAUAUCUGUGCUAUUGUGGAAUUGGAGAACCUCGUAAAUAUCUUGAAACAUGCCCAUAAGCUUCUGUCUGAGGAUCUGACAAUAGACUCAUUCAGUCUUAUCUUCAGUGAGAUGCAAGAGAACAUAUCUCUUGUUUCAUACUCAAGCCGGCUAGCUUACCAGAUCUGGACAGAGAUGCAGAAUGAUUUCCUACCAAACUUCAUAUUAUGUAAUACUACUCAACGAUUUGUCCGAUCACCAAAAUCAUCCAGUGCUCGAGUUCAGAAGCCAUCAAUGCCAUAUGCCAAACCAAACUUUUACUGCGGUAACCAAGAUUUGAAUUCUGCACAUCAAAGCUUUACGAGGUUGCACAAUGGCUUCUUUGGAAUGCCUCACAUGUUUUCUAUUGUCCGCCUUUUGGGAACCCGUUCUUUACCAUGGCUGAUCCGUGCGCUGCUGGAUCACAUAUCUAAUAAGAUAAGUUCACUUGAAGCAAUGAUUACAGGAUUGCAAGAAGCAUUGCCCAAAUCAAUAGGUUUGCUACCCUUUGAUGGUGGUGUGACAGGUUGUAUGCGACACAUUAAAGAGAAGCUUAACUGGACCUCAAAGGCAGAACUAAAGCAGGAAGUUCUUCAGGGGAUAAAGGAGAUAGGAAGCACACUGUAUUGGAUGGGUCUUCUAGAUAUUGUAUUGAGAGAAGUCGAUACAACACGCUUCAUGCAACUCGCACCCUGGCUUGGAUUCAUACCUAAUGCGGAUGGGCAAAUCCUGCUAUCACAAGGUGAGGGUGAAAGCCCUGUCGUCAACCUCAUGAAGUCAACAACUACUGCGAUUGUGUCGAAUCCUAACUGCUCAAAUCCAACUUCCUUCUACACAAUGUCAAAACAGGCUGAAGCAGCAGAUCUCUUGUAUAAAGCUAAUAUGAACACUGGAAGUGUUUUGGAAUAUGCUCUUGCAUUUACUAGUGCAGCACUGGAUAAAUACUGUAGCAAGUGGAGUGCAACACCAAAGACUGGAUUCAUAGACAUUACAACUUCAAAGGACUUCUACCGAAUAUUUAGUGGCCUUCAAAUAGAACAUUUAGAAGAAUCUGUUCAAGGAGUCCCAAAUAGUCGUGAGAUGCUGGGAGAUUCAGUAGCUUGGGGAAGCUGCACAUUAAUAUAUUUACUUGGGCAGCAGCUGCAUUUUGAGCUUUUUGAUUUCUCAUAUCAAGUCCUUAACGCAGCAGAAGUCGAGGUUACAGAACUUACUCUAAUGCAUAAAAAUGUUCAGGGUAUCCAGGGAUGGGAACCCUUGAUAGAAGCCAUGAAGAAAGCAAGGAGGUUAAAUAAUCAUGUGUUUUCAAUGCUAAAAGCUCGUUGUCCUCUUGAAGACAAGGUAGCAUGCGCAAUAAAGCAAAGCGGAACACCUCUGCAUCGAAUCAAGUUCGAAAACACAGUUUCGGCUUUUGAAACCCUUCCACAGAAGAGCACCUAAUUCUUUCCCUGUGUUAAUACAGCUGAUUCAGGUUAGGUGGUUUUAUAGAUUCCAACUUAUACUGAAGAGGGCUAGUAUCAGCUACUUCCAAGCCGCAGUAAGAGAAUUGCCAGGGUUAUCUGUAUACUAGAAUUGCUGAAGUAAAUACUUGUUCUUACUGUCUUACUAUCCAAACACUGUCGCUAUUGAAACACGGGUUGGCUCAAGUGCUACUUCAUGAUCCAAAUGGAGCAACCGCAAGUGCUAGCAAUAGUUGCUGGACUCUUCGUCGAUUUCCUGCAUUAAUGGAGCGUCUUACCAUUUUCUUGUCACACAGCUACAGGUUGUCACAAUAUAUGUUGUCAACUUGCCAUGUAUGGUAUAUGCUUGGUUUGUGUAAUUGACUAAUUGUGUAUCAAUGUACCUAAUGUGUUAUGUAUACGUAGUAUUAUGUAAUUAUCAUGUAUGUCAUAAUCCUGUAGUAGUAUUUUAAGUAAUCGGAUAAUGUUGAUUGUUUAUUUGCGAAUAACUAAUUAAUCAUAGAACUGUAUGGGUGCAUUGAUGAAUACACCUUGCCAAGCAAAUAAAUAUAUUACU